CGAAAGUGCAUUCGCGUAGAGAUGGGCCCCACACGCAGGCCCGUAUUGACUGAGGAAAAGUCGGGUCAACGAACCGGGUCGAUAUCCGAAAGCCCAGAUCCACUCCACGUCACCACCUCCCCCCCAUCCGUGAUGGCAUCGCUCUGUAUUUCUUAAUUCAGCUUCUCUUCCCAAUUUUUCUCCGUCACGUUCUUCCGGCAGCGAAAUCAGCUCAAAGUAUUUUCCGGCAGCGAAAUCAGCAAGUUCAUGGAUAAACGCACCCUCGAGUCUGAUGUAAACGUCUUCCAAUAAGUUGGUUUAAAGAGAAGAAAGACAUUACUCUACGACGAGACACCCUUUUCGUUUCUUUGUAACUCGGUCGAAGCAUUGUUUGUAUUCCAAGUUAACAUAAUGGAUACGAUGUUGUCAGCUUUUGGAAAUAUGAUAAAGUCUUUCUCAGAUUGGGUAACAAUAAUCUUUGAUGCCCCAUCUUCUCGGGCUAUUGUCUUGGGAGUGCCAAUUAGAGGCCAUCUGCUUGUGGAGGGUCUUCUCUUUGUCGUGAUUCUUUUCCUUCUAUCCCAAAAGAGUUACAAGCCACCUAAGAGACCAUUGACAAAGAAGGAAGUAGAUGAGUUAUGUGAUGAAUGGGUCCCAGAGCCCCUUAUUCCGGCUAUUACUGAAGAAAUGAAGUAUGAACCUCCGGUUCUGGAAAGUGCUGCUGGACCGCAUACUAUAAUCAAUGGCAAGGAUGUUUUGAACUUCACAUCAGCAAACUAUCUUGGUCUUUUAGGGCAUGAGAAGCUACAGGAUUCAUGUACUAAAUCAUUGGAAAAAUACGGUGUGGGUUCUUGUGGUCCACGUGGAUUUUAUGGGACUAUUGAUGUACACCUUGAUUGUGAGGCCAGAAUAGCAAAGUUUCUUGGAACAUAUGAUUCUAUACUUUAUUCCUAUGGACUUUCCACGCUGUUUAGUACCAUUCCAGCAUUUUGUAAGAAGGGUGAUCUUGUUGUCGUAGAUGAAGGUGUCCACUGGGGAAUACAAAAUGGCCUUCACCUCUCUCGGAGUACGAUUGUAUAUUUCAAGCACAAUGAUAUGAAGUCCUUACAGAGUAUUCUGGAAAACGUCACCCACGACAACAAACGAGCUAAGAAGCUUAGGCGUUAUAUCAUUGUUGAAGCUGUCUAUCAGAAUUCUGGUCAAAUAACUCCGUUGGAUGACAUCAUCAGAUUGAAGGAGAAAUACCGGUUCCGUGUAAUACUAGAUGAAAGCAAUUCUAUUGGAGUUCUUGGAAGUACUGGUAGAGGUUUAACUGAACAUUACAAAGUUCCAAUUGAGAAGGUGGAUAUUGUUACUGCUGCAAUGGGACAUGCAUUGGCCACUGAAGGAGGGUUUUGCACUGGGAGUGCUCGAGUUAUCGAUCACCAGCGUCUCAGUAGUUCUGGUUAUGUGUUUUCUGCUUCGUUGCCUCCUUAUCUGGCAAGUGCUGCAAUCACUGCCAUUGAUGUUCUGGAAGAAAACCCAAAUCUUAUCACAAAAUUGAAGGCAAAUAUUGCUACACUACGUAAAGGUUUAUCGGAUGUCCAAGGCCUUGAAUUAGUCAGUGAUCCAGAAUCACCAGUAGUUUUUCUGACACUAAAGAAGUCCGCAGGUUCCAUGAAAGCUGAUCUUCAAGUUCUUGAUGAUAUUGCUGAUAAUUUAUUGAAGGAACAUUCCGUUUUCGUCGCAACUUCAAAAAGAUCAACGGUAGACAAAUGCAAAUUGCCAGCUGGAAUCAGAUUUUACGUUUCUGCUGCUCACACAGAAACCGACCUGGAAAAAGCAUGCGAAUCGCUCAAGAAAGCUACAGCCCUUAUAUUGGCAGGUCAAUGACUUCGUUUUGCAGGUCGCAUAAGUGAAAGGAUUUGAAUCAUAGUUUUUUCGACAUAGUUUUUGUGAUUGUACUUCAAAUGUGGAGUAGUUAUAUUUACCAGAUGUGUAUACGGGUGAUCGAUACAGGCCCUUGUUAAUUGUUGUUGUCAUUUGCCCCCCACCCCCAGCAAUUCUUUUAGAUUGGUAAAGUUAUUAUUUUUUUCUUAUUUACAUCCUGCUGUUCAUUUUUGCUGGUUAUUGAAAUGGUUUAACUUCAUUUAUUCAACAGCAUUUGUUCAUUU